UCCUUUUUUUGCGCCAAAGGUGAGAGCUUUUGGUUUUAUUGUUCCAAGGUAACCAAAAUGAAGAGGGUGGUCGUCGGAGCUACAGUGAUAAGUGCCGCGACGGCAUGUGCCGCGGCGGUUCUCCUGGUGCGCCACCGCAUGAAGAAAUCGCGACGGUGGGCCAGAGUGAUGGCCAUUUUGCAGGAGCUGGAGGAAAAGUGCGCCACUCCCAUCGGCAAGCUGAAACAGGUCGCCGAUGCAAUGACGGUGGAAAUGCACGCCGGGCUUGCCUCAGAAGGUGGAAGCAAGCUCAAGAUGCUCAUCACAUAUGUUGAUAAUCUGCCAACUGGGAAUGAGGAAGGAUUAUUUUAUGCAUUGGACCUAGGAGGAACUAACUUCCGUGUGUUGCGAGUGCAACUGGGAGGGAAGGAUGGCGGUGUUAUUAACCAAGAGUUUACUGAGGUUUCAAUUCCUACUACCUUAAUGGUGGGGACAGCAGAUGAACUAUUUGACUAUAUUGCAGCAGAAGUUGCAAAAUUUGUUGCCAAUGAAGGUCAAGAUUUUCAAGUUCCUCUAGGGAGACAAAGGGAGUUAGGUUUUACCUUUUCAUUCCCUGUAAUGCAAACAUCAAUUGCUUCAGGAAACCUUAUCAAGUGGACAAAAGGCUUCUCCAUAGAUGAUGCGGUUGGCCAGGAUGUUGUGGCAGAAUUGACAAAAGCCAUUGAGAGAAAAGGUCUGGAUAUGCGCGUAACAGCUCUGGUCAAUGAUACAGUUGGGACAUUAGCAGGAGGUCGACACACAAAAAAAGAUGUUAUUGCUGCUGUUAUUUUAGGUACUGGAACUAAUGCAGCAUAUGUGGAGCGUGCUCAAGCAAUACCCAAAUGGCAUGGUCUUUUGCCAAAAUCUGGAGAAAUGGUUAUUAACAUGGAGUGGGGAAACUUUCGUUCAUCACACCUUCCAUUAACUGAGUAUGAUUCUGCAUUAGAUGCUGAAAGUUUAAACCCCGGUGAUCAGAUUUUUGAGAAGCUAAUUUCUGGUAUGUAUCUGGGAGAAAUUGUCCGCCGAGUACUGUGCAAAAUGGCUGAUGAGGCCUGCUUAUUUGGUGAUACUGUUCCUCCAAAAUUGAAAGUGCAGUUUACGCUAAGGACCCCAGAUAUGUCUGCAAUGCACCAUGAUACAACUUCUGAUCUCAAUGUGGUUGGAAACACACUGAAGAAUGUCUUUGAGAUACCAGACAACUCCCUGGAAGUGAGGAAGGUGGUUGUUCAGCUCUGCAACAUAGUUGCUACACGUGGUGCUCGUCUUGCAGCUGCUGGCAUCUUGGGAAUCUUGAAGAAACUGGGGAGAGACACGCUUGUGGAUGGCGAGAAUCAGAAGAGUGUCAUAGCCACAGACGGUGGAUUGUAUGAGCAUUACACAGAGUACAGAAAAUGCCUGGAGAACACCCUAAGUGAAUUGCUCGGCGAAGAUGUCUCGAAAACUGUUUCCAUUGAACUUGCAAAAGAUGGUUCAGGCAUUGGUGCAGCCCUUCUGGCUGCCUCUCAUUCACAAUACCUUGAUUGAUGGUAAUCAAUAGUGCUCUAAAUUUUGGAACUGGUAUGAGUUAUUUCAAUUUUUGUUUUUUUUGAGGUUAUGACCCGUUUAUGACCUUCUCCUUUGUACAAGUAGGGAUGGCUUGUAUAAUCUUGGGGCAGUUUUGUUAUAUUUGCCCCUGGGACUGUGAUCAUCUUUUUGGAGUCGUUUAUAUUAUUCAUUCAUAAGUAUCUUAGCAUAUUGCUGCUUGGAUAUCUCAAUUCUACGUAGGAGACCCUUUUUUUCCUUUGUAUGUAAACUCUGCUUAAAGGACUUAGAAGCAAUUGAAGCUGGAUUUUCAUGUUCAGAAGACCUUUUCUAGCUCAAUGAAUGAAAAGGAGAGAUUUUUUACAUUA